GGGAGAUGAAGAGAAAUUGGAUAUCUUCCAGACCAAGUGUCUGAGAAGGAUACUCAGAAUCAGAUGGCAGCAGCAUGUAUCCAACAGAAAGGUGCUAGAGAUGGCAGGAGUGGAGAAGAUCAGCAAGGAGGUUAGAAGAAGGAGAUGGAACUAGAUUGGGCAUGUGCUGAGAUGGGACAGGAAUGAUGACUGCGCUGUUGCCCUCGAGUGGACACCAGAAGGAAAACAGGCCGCCCGAAAACAACUUGGCGGAGAAUGGUGGAGGCAGAGAGGAACGGGGCAGGCUGGAGCACGUGGAAUUCAGCACGUCGUGCAGCUGCAGACCGAACCAAGUGGAGGAGCGAUGUUCAAGCCUUGUGUGCCUCCUGGCACAGAGAGAAUUAAAGAAGAAAAGAAAAGAUACUCAGAGAUGCUCUGAAGGGUGACACUACAAGAUCAUCAGUGCCAGAUGAACAGAUGCCAGUGGCCAGGUCUUCAGCACAUUUGAGAGACAAGUGGAAUACAGAGGACUCUGAAGAUUCAGAUUCCUCACCUGCAAGGAAAAAAAAAGCAAACAAAGAAGAAGUCCAAGAAAGCCAAGAAAAUGGGAAGACACAUAAGAGCAGUCGGUUUUGGCUAUUUUAAUGUGGGCGAUUUCACACCCUGCAGCAAUAACUACGUAAGGGACUUCAGUCAAGUCUUCCUCCCAACACUCUACAGCACGGUCUUCAUCGUGGGCUUAAUUGGAAAUGGCCUGGUGUUGUGUGUCCUUGUGAAAUACUACCAGAAAUCAAACAUGAUGGACAUGUGCCUCUUGAACUUGGCGCUGUCUGACCUGCUGUUUCUCAUAUCUCUGCCGUUCUGGGCCCACUAUGCUGCCACCGACAUGUGGAUCUUUGGGAGUUCCAUGUGCCAAGCUGUGACUGCAUUUUACAUGCUAGGCUUCUACGGCAGCAUCUUCUUCAUGCUCCUCAUGACGGUGGAUCGUUACCUUGUCACUGUCCAUGUCCAUACCUCCCUUUUAUUUAAGCGCCAGUCAGUGAGCGUGGGCAUAGCCUUGGUCUCGUUUGUCUGGGGCCUCAGCCUGGGCGCUUCUCUCCCAACCAUCAUAUUCACUCAAGGGGGGAAUGAGUCAAAUGGAUCGUGCAUGCCGAAAUAUCCUAACAAAACAUGGAGGUUGGUCAGCUACAUGGAGCUGAACAUCCUUGGCCUGAUCCUCCCCCUCACCGUCAUGGGGAUUUGCUACUCUCAGAUCAUCCCCACUUUGGCUGCUAUGAAGUCUAAGAAGAAGCACAGAGCCAUCAAGCUCAUACUGGCCUUGAUCAUAGUUUUCUUUCUCUUCUGGACACCCUACAAUGUGGUCAUAUUCAUGUACUUUCUUCAUCACCUAGAAUACAUGGAAAGCUGCGAAUGGCUGCAUGACCUGGGCCUGGCCAUGCAGUGGACUGAAACCAUCGCCUUCAGUCACUGCUGCCUCAACCCCAUCAUCUAUGCCUUUAUGGGGCAGAGGUUCAGGACAUUAGUCAUAAAGACUUUGAAAGAGUGGUUUCCAAUUUGCUUCAGCCGGUGCAGAACACUUCACAUCCAGCUGACAGAUAAGAGGAGCUCCACGUAUUCCACGCGUUCCACAGAAAUGACAUUUGUGUAGCUGCAGUGGCCUCUCAGUAAUACGGCUUAAUCAAAAGCUUGACUCUUAUGCUCAUUAUUCUAGUAUUAAUCAUAAGGCUUUUAAAUACCAUGUAUCCAGUGACUGAAUGUAAAACCAUAAGGUGUAUGUUUCAUUUCAACCUUUCAAUAAUAUGCUUAUAAACAGUUAUUCAAUAUGUAUAACAAUCUUGAACAAUUCAAAUUACUAUUAUAUCCUAUAAAUGUACUACUAUCUAUGUACUACUAGCUAUGUGGACGAAUUACGCUGAACUUAAAUCAACUUUCAUCCAGGGUUUCAUCCUUUCAUGAAUGUAAAACCAUAAGGUGUAUGUUUCAUUUCAACCUUUCAAUAAUAUGCUUAUAAACAGUUAUUCAAUAUGUAUAACAAUCUUGAACAAUUCAAAUUACUAUUAUAUCCUAUAAAUGUACUACUAUCUAUGUACUACUAGCUAUGUGGACGAAUUACGCUGAACUUAAAUCAACUUUCAUCCAGGGUUGUUUUAGCAACUGGACUGUUAGAAUUUGCAGUGAUAUGGGACUUCUGGCUAGUGGAGUGUAGAAGCUCGCUUUGCUUCGUGAACAGAAAAUGAGCUAAACUGAUGUGUGAGCUCUCCUAUUGGUCCAUUCAUCAUUAAAUUCAAUACUAUCCUCUUUUCACAUUUCAGAUUAUGUCGAACAAUAUAUAUCAACAAAAAUGGAGAAACAUGUUUAUUUUGUGAUGUGAAAGUAACUUACUGUAUGUUUAUUGUGCUUUCUUUGGUGUAUUCUAUGCUGUUAAUACCCUGGUUGGUUAAUGGAUGAAUAAUAAAGCAUCUGGCUGAUUUUCACCUGUGGAGCUAAAAUAAAUAAAUAAAUCUGUUAUCAG